AUGGGAGACAGUGACGAUGGGAAGAAUAUAACGGUGGCGCAACCAAGUGGAAAGGUGGCGAUAUCGCCAUACUCGUUGUUCAUCUCCGAUAAUCCGGGAGCGUUGAUUACAUCUGUUCAACUGAAGGGAGACAAUUACAACGAGUGGGCGAUGGAGAUGUUCAAUGCGCUUCAGGCUAAGAAGAAAUCAGGGUUCAUUGACGGAACCCUAGCGAAACCGACUGAAGAUAUCUCUGACUUGGAGGCGUGGCUCAGUGUUAAUUCGAUGAUAGUUGGAUGCUCACAAAUUGGGGAUAAUCUGAAGAAAAGGUUCGAAGUUGGUAACAAGGUGAGGAUUCAUCAAUUGAUGGAACAGUUGGCCUCGUGUAGGCAGAAUGGACAAGCUGUGAUAGACUAUUAUGGUCGUCUAGCUGUGAUGUGGGAAGAACUUCAGACAUACCGACCACCUCCAGCAUGUUCUUGUUCAGCGGCUGCAGUAUAUGAGAAGGAGAGAGAGGAUGAGAGGGUUCAUCAAUUCAUUAUGGGAUUGGAUGAGUCUAGAUUCGGUAAUGUGGUGACUGCUAUCAUUGAGGCUGACGAGUUAGCAGAUCUGGGGAAGGUAUAUGCUAAGGUGAUUAGAGAGGAAGCUCGGUUGAAUUCAGCAAAGGCUAGAGAAGUAGCUACUCAAGAAGCCGUGGGGUUUGCAGCUCGUCAGGAAGCACCUGUGCAGAAGGACGCUAGGGACACACGAGAUCAAAGCGGUAGUAACAGUUAUGGAAACAGAGGAAGGGAUCGAAUUAUUGGGUUCCCUGAAUGGAUGAAUGAUAGACGUGGUAGAGGUUCGAGCAGAGGACGUGGUGGCUCAAAUGCAAGAGGAGGAGGACGUGGUGCUGCGCACACAGCACAUGCAGCGAACUCAAAUGCUUACGGUGGUGGAAGUUCUGAUCUUACUCCUGAGCAAUGGAAAGCCAUCACACAAAUCAUAAACGACGGGAAAUCAAGCUCUCAGUCUGAGAAGCUUUCUGGUAAGAAUCUUGGUGAUGUGAUUAUAGAUUCUGGGGCAUCACAUCAUAUGACAGGCGAUGCAGGCCAGUUGGUUAACGUGAGGAAAACUCCACCUUGUGUUGUUGGGUUCGCUGAUGGAGGAACUUCAACAUCGGUGCAGAUGGGAGAUUUGAUACUUACUGAUCAUAUUUCUCUUAAAGACGUGCUCUUUGUCCCGAAUUUAGAUUGCACUUUGAUCUCUGACCGUUCUUCGAAGACUCUGAUUGGAGCCGGUGAAGAACGUGGUGGGGUUUACUUCUUUAAGUAUGUCAGGAGCUGUCUGGACGCAUCUUUUGCUUGCCAAGUCCGAAGUAAAAAAGGUGAUCCAGCGGUUUUGUGCAUAGCGGAGACUCAGUUUGGGAACUCGGUGCAGACGGUGAGAAGUGAUAAUGGCACAGAAUUCAUGUGCUUAUCUGAGUUCUUCCAAGACAAAGGGAUCGUGCAUCAAACGUCUUGUGUCGAUACUCCACAGCAAAACGGAAGAGUAGAGAGGAAGCAUAGACACAUCUUGAAUGUGGCUAGGGCGCUGUUGUUUCAGUCGAGGUUACCUGUGAAGUUUUGGGGGAGGCAGUGA